GUGUUAGUUUCAGUUCACAAAAAACAGGCCCGGAGAAGCAACUGGAGCAAAGAGAAGGAAUCCUAGAAAAUGUCUUCCAACUCUACCAUCGUCUUCUUCGACCUGGAGACAACUGGAUUAGACACCAACGUGUGUGACAUCACCCAGUUGUCUGCUGUCUGUGGAGAGAAACUCUUCAACGUCUACACCCUCCCCUCCCGCGCCAUCACCGAGGGCGCCAAGCGGGUUACGGGCCUCACCGUUAGCAAUGGUGGCCUGUUUCUCCAUGGGAAUCUCCUGCACACCAUCCCUGUCUACGAGGCUCUCACCUCUUUUAUAGCCUUCCUUCAAUCCUUUCCCCGUCCAAUACUGCUGGCGGCCCACAAUGCCAAGGGCUUUGAUGCCCCUAUUCUCACCAGAGUGCUGCUGCAGAAACACCUCCUGCAGGAGUUCCAGCAGGUGGUGUCUGGGUAUUUGGACACCUUACAGCUGAGCAGGUGGCUCCAUCCUGAUCUGCCCAGACACUCCCAGCAGUUUCUGGUCAGCUACUUCCUUGGAUGGCCCUACAACGCUCAUAAUGCUACGGAGGAUGCCAGGAUGCUACAGGAGCUGUACAAGACAUGGAAUCCUGAUCAAAAGAAUGUCUCGACAAGUAUUUUUAGUGCAGCCCUGAUGUUAUAAAAAACACCAAUUUAUAGAAAAUGACAGGCAAGUAAGAUUUCUGUCAUGGCAGACAAAUAAUGCAUCUCUAAAUCAGAGAUACUUUGUGUGUGUUGUUUCUUCUUUUAGUUUUGUACUAAAUGAUGCUAAGUAUCAUGUUUUAUACUCUGAGGUGUUGAUUCUGUCCCAGGAUUUUGUUCCUACAAGAGUCAUUAAACCAUUUCUGUUAAA